AUGUCAAUCAAAAUCAUUGACUAUGCUGCCGUAAAGGAAGUCGAGAAUUCACCUGACAAGUCAUAUAAGAACACAUUCUUAAUUGAUGUUCGAGACGCUGAGGAAUUUCAGGCUGGCCAUAUUCCAACGUCAUUGAAUAUCCCUCUUAAGGAAUUUCGGGAAACAAUGUCACUCUCAAACGAUGAAUGGGUAUCAGUCUAUGGAAAGGAGAAACCGCUUUUGAGUGAUCGAUUGGUCAUUUAUUGUAGAAGUGGAAGACGAUCCAAUCUUGCUAGUCUGGAGGCAAUUGAAUUGCAAUACAGCUGGGUAGAAAAUUACGCUGGCAGCUGGAUCGAGUAUUCUUCAUUUUUGGCAGCCUGA